AUGGGCCGACCAGGAUUUUCACCAAGAGGAGGUGGCCGAGGAGGCUUUGGAGGUCGAGGGGGUGGUCGUGGAGGAUUUGGUAGUCGUGGCGGCCGUGGUGGUGGCAGGGGUGCUAGACGUGGUGGUAUGAGAGGUGGAAAAAAUGUAAUUAUCGAGCCUCAUCGACAUCAGGGGGUAUUUAUUGCUCGAGGCAAGGAAGAUGCCCUUGUGACCAAAAACAUGGUUGUUGGUGAUUCAGUCUAUGGCGAGAAAAAGAUUGUAGUGGAGGAGGGAGAAAACAAAAUAGAAUACAGAGCUUGGAAUCCAUUCAGGUCCAAAUUGGCUGCUGCAAUUCUUGGUGGCAUUGAUGAUAUUCAUAUGAAACCAGGAAGCAAAGUUUUGUAUCUUGGUGCGGCUUCAGGGACCACAGUGAGCCAUGUGUCUGACCUAGUUGGUCCAGAAGGUUUGGUAUAUGCUGUCGAAUUCUCACAUCGGAGUGGUCGGGACCUCUUGAAUGUGGCCACUAAGCGAACCAACAUAGUUCCAAUCAUAGAAGAUGCUAGACACCCUCUCAAGUACAGAAUGCUUGUAGGAAUGGUAGACACCAUUUUUGCUGAUGUUGCUCAACCAGACCAAGCUCGAAUUGUUGCUCUUAAUGCACAUCAUUUCUUGAAAAACAGCGGCCAUGUUGUCAUUUCAAUCAAGGCUAAUUGUAUUGAUUCUACUGCUGAACCAGAAGCUGUAUUUGCUGGAGAAGUUUCCAAACUUAGAUCAGAAAAAAUCAAGCCACUUGAACAGCUUACAUUGGAGCCAUAUGAGAGAGACCAUGCAUUUUAUAAUCCUUUCUUCCUCCUUAUCUUCUUUUUUCCGACCGACUCCAUUUUUUUUUUUUUUUUUUUUUCCCUUUUCUUCUCCCCACCUCUCCCGUUUUCUUCUCCCCCACCUCUCUGUUUUCUUCUCCCCCACCUCUCCCGUUUUCUUCUCCCCCACCUCUCCCGUUUUCUUCUCCCCCACCUCUCGUUUUUUCUCCCCCCUCUCCCGUUUUCUUCUCCCCCACGUUUCUUCUCCUCCCGUUUUCCGUUUUUUUCUCCCCCACCUCUCCCGUUUUCUCCCCCACCUCUCCCGUUUUCUUCUCCCCCCCCACCUCCCCCUCUCCGUUUUCUUCUCCCCCCACCUCUCCCGUUUUCUUCUCCCCACCUCUCCCGUUUUCUUCUCCUUUCCCCCCGAUCAAUGUCUACCCAUAGCUCUGUCUCCUCUUCUUCUCCCCGGCUUGCUCGCUCUGUCUCCUCUUCUUCUCCCAGCUCCUUUCGCUCUGUCUCCCUUCUCCUCCCAGCUUCCUUUCGCUCUGUCUCCUUCUCCUCCCUUUCCUUUCGCUCUGUCUCCGCUUCUCCUCCCAGCUUUCGCUUUCGCUCUGUCCCUUCUCCUCCCAUUUCGCUUUCGCUCUGUCUCCGCUUCUCCUCCCCGGCUCGCUCGCUCUGUCUCCGCUUCUCCUCCCCGGCUCGCUCGCUCUGUCUCCGCUUCUCCUCCCAGCUCCUUCCGCUCGCUCUCUCUCCUGUCCCUUCUCCUCCCAGCUUCCGCUCUGUCUCCUUCUCCUCCCAGCUCUCGCUCUGUCUCCUUCUCCUCCCAGCUCUUUCGCUCUGUCUCCCUUCUCCUCCCAGCUCGCUCGCUCUGUCUCCCUUCUCCUCCCAGCUUUCGCUCGCUCUGUCUCCUUCUCCUCCCAGCUUUCCUUCGCUCUGUCUCCCUUCUCCUCCCAGCUGCUUCUCUCUGUCUCCCUUCUCCCAGCUUCUUCGCUCUGUCUCCCUUCUCCUCCCAGCUUCCUUUCGCUCUGUCUCCCUUCUCCUCCCAGCUUUCGCUCGCUCUGUCUCCACUUCUCCUCCCAGCUUCCUUUCGCUCUGUCUCCUUCUCCUCCCAGCUUCCUUCGCUCUGUCUCCGCUUCUCCUCCCAGCUCGCUCGCUCUCUCAACUUCUCCUCCCGGCUCGCUUCCUCUUCCUUCUCCUGUCUCCGCUUCUCUGUCUCCUUCCUCCCGCUCUGUCUCCCUUCUCCUCCCAGCUUUCCUUCUCUGUCUCUCUUCUCCUCCCAGCUGCUUCGCUCUGUCUCCUUCUCCUCCCCUUUCCUUCGCUCUGUCUCCCUUCUCCUCCUUUCCUCGCUCUGUCUCCCUUCUCCUCCCCUUCCGCUCUGUCUCCCUUCUCCUCCCAGCUUUCCUUCGCUCUGUCUCCUUCUCCUCCCAGCUUCCUUUCGCUCUGUCUCCUUCUCCUCCCAGCUUUCCUCUGUCUCCCUUCUCCUCCCAGUCUCGCUCUGUCUCCCUUCCCUCCUUCCUUUCGCUCUGUCUCCCUUCUCCUCCCUUUCCUUUCGCUCUGUCUCCCUUCUCCUCCCAGCUUUCGCUCUGUCUCGCUCUGUCUCCUCUUCUCCUCCCAUUUCCUUCGCUCUGUCUCGCUCUCCUCCCAGCUUCCUUUCGCUCUGUCUCCCUUCUCCUCCAGCUUCCUUCGCUCUGUCUCCCUUCUCCUCCCCUUUCCUUCGCUCUGUCUCCCUUCUCCUCCCGGCUCCUUUCGCUCUGUCUCCUUCUCCUCCCCAGCCUGCUUUCGCUCUGUCUCCCUUCUCCUCCCAUUUCCUUCGCUCUGUCUCCCUUCUCCUCCCAUUUCCUUUCGCUCUGUCUCCUUCUCCUCCCAGCUUCCUUUCGCUCUCUCCCUUCUCCUCCCAGUCCACUUCGCUCUGUCUCCCUUCUCCUCCCAGCUUCCUUUCGCUCUGUCUCGCUUCUCCUCCCUUCUCCUUCCUUCGCUCUGUCUCCCUUCUCCUCCCAGCUUCCUUUCACUCUGUCUCCGCUUCUCCUCCCAGCUUCCUUUCGCUCUGUCUCCCCUUCUCCUCCCCCCCUCGCUCUGUCUCCCUUCUCCUCCCAGCUUUCCUUUCGCUCUAUCUCCCUUCUCCCCCCUUUCCUUUCGCUCUGUCUCCCCCUUCUCCUCCCAGCUUCCUUCUCUGUCUCCUUCUCCUCCUUUCCUUUCGCUCUGUCUCCCUUCUCCUCCUUUCCUUUCGCUCUGUCUCCCUUCUCCUCCCAGCUUUCCUUCGCUCUGUCUCCGCUUCUCCUCCCAGCUUAUUUCGCUCUGUCUCCUUCUCCUCCCCCUUCACUCUGUCUCCCUUCUCCUCCCUCCCUUCUCUGUCUCCUUCUCCUCCCAUUUCCUUUCGCUCUGUCUCCCUUCUCCUCCCAUUUCCUCGCUCUGUCUCCUUCUCCUCCCCUUUCCUCGCUCUUCGCUCUGUCUCCCUUCUCCUCCCAGCUUCGCCCUCGCUCUGUCUCCCUUCUCCUCCCAGCUCGCUCGCUCUGUCUCCUUCUCCUCCCUUCCUUCGCUCUGUCUCCCUUCUCCUCCCAUUUCCUUUCGCUCUGUCUCCUUCUCCUCCUCCCAUUUCGCUCUGUCUCCGCUUCUCCUCUCCUUUCUCUCUUCCAAUUAUUGUAGAUAA